GCGCAACAGUUGGUAAACCCUCAGCAGCAGUUGGGCUAUCAUGUGCCUGACGCCAUGAAGUCUACUUCAGGAAUAGCCCCUGGGCAAUCCAGGUGGCUGCACCCAGCCACCGGCUUUGUGGUCCUCCUUUUCCUACUAGCCGCAGUACAAACUUCCAUAGCCAUCCCUGCCAACCGCACUCAGAGAGACAGGCUGAGUAAGGAGUUUAAAGUGAAGCUGAACAAGGCCGCUAGGCUGCUUGCAGAGAUCGGCCACGAGGAUAAGCACGGCAACAAGGGAGACUACAGUAAGGAAGACGAGGAGUACAGGGAGAAGGCAGAAUACAUGAAGGAAUCACCCAAUGGCUACAAAGGAGAAAGGAAGGAUGAUGGAAAGGAUGAAGGGAAAGGAUAUGACAAGGAGGAGGACAAAGGGGGAAAUGUGAAGGAAGGUGGGAAGCAAAGCAAGGAUGGAGAAUACAAGAACAAAUAUGAGAAGGACAAAUAUGACAAGAGGGCAGACAAGAAGGGAGAAUACAAGGAUGAAUAAGACAACAAAGAACACAAAGAGGAAGACAACAAAAAAGGAGGAAAGGAAGACAACAAGGAAGAUGAAAAGAAGACAAAAAGCAACACGAAAGCGUGACAAAAGGGCGCCAACGAUAAGCUAGACAAGAAGGAAGACAGACAGGAAGACCGCGAGGACCAUCAAAAGGAAGACAAGAAGGGAGGGUGCAUCGAGAAAUACAACAAGCAGGAAGACUAGAAGGAAGACAAGACGACAGACAAAAUGAAGGAAUUUGAAAAAG